AUGGAGCUGUGUGGCAAGAAGAAGCUUCACGCCCUGUCCCUGGCCGAGAAGAUCCAGGUGCUGGAACUCCUGGAUGAGUCCAAGAUGUCCCAGUCGGAGGUGGCCCGGCGCUUCCAGGUCUCCCAGCCUCAGAUCUCCCGCAUCUGCAAGAAUAAAGAGAAGCUGCUGGCGGACUGGUGCAGCGGCACGGCCAACCGGGAGCGCAAGCGCAAGCGGGAGUCCAAGUACAGCGGCAUCGACGAGGCUCUGCUCUGCUGGUACCACAUUGCCCGGGCCAAGGCCUGGGAUGUGACGGGGCCCAUGCUGCUCCACAAAGCCAAGGAGCUGGCCGACAUCCUGGGCCAGGACUUUGUGCCCAGCAUCGGCUGGCUGGUCCGCUGGAAACGGCGAAACAACGUGGGCUUCGGGGCCCGCCACAUAUUGGCACCUCCGUUCCCCCCUGAGCCGCCUCCCCCAGCUCCCACUCCCCAGGCCCAGCUGCCUCUUUCUCUUAAAGAUUUCUCCCCAGAGGACAUUUUUGGCUGUGUUGAAGUGCCCUUGCUGUAUCGGGCAGUGCCCGGCAGAGUGGGUACGUGUGAUCGGGUGCAGGUGCUGCUGUGUGCCAACAGCAGGGGCACAGAGAAACGGCGGCUGUUGGUCAGUGGGCCCCAGGCUGCCCCACGAUGCUUCUUUGGGGUCAGCAGCGAGGCCCUGCCUGCCUCCUACCACCCUGACCUGGCCAUCCCCUGGUCGGAGUGGUUGUCACAGUUCGAUCGGGACAUGGGGCGGCAGGGCCGGCAGGUGGCCUUGCUGAUGGCUGCCCGAGUGGUGGAGGAGGUGGCAGGCCUGCCUGGGCUCUGCCACAUGAGGCUCUUGCCUCUGUCUGCUGCGAACCCCACACCGCCCCUGCCCAGCUCCGUGGUCCGGGCGUUUAAGGCCCAUUACCGGCGGCGUCUGUUGAGCAAGCUGGCUGCCGCCCAGAGCGAGAGGGCUGGCACGUCGCUGGCUGAGGUUGGGGGGGGCAUCACAGUUCUGGACGCUCUGCACAUGGCAGCAGCGGCCUGGGCCAAGGUGCCUCUCCAGCUCAUUGUGAGCAGCUUCAUUCGGGAAGGGCUGGCUCCCGGCAAAACGCCACUGGCCCAGGACCAAGCCUCAGAGGUGCUGGAGGUGCUGCAGGUCCCUGGUGGGCUGAGCCUCGAGGAAUUUUCCCGCUUUGUGGAUCUGGAGAGUGAGGAGCCUGUGUCUGGAGCAUGCAAAGAGGAGGUGGGCCCUGCAGAUGAAGCGGGGGGAGGAGAGGACAGCUUCGAGCCCCUGCCCACCAAGGCUGAUGCCCUCCGGGCUCUGGGCACCUUGAGGAGGUGGUUGGAGUGCAGUGGCACCACCCCGGAGCUAUUUGAAAAUUUCUAUGCCUGUGAAGAGGGGGUGGAGCGACUCUGCUGCCUGUGA